CAAUUCGUUUUUAUCCUUUGAGGUACGACCAUGGCAGCCGUGAAGCAGAAGAGAAUUGAGGCACUAUUUCCAUUCCGAUUCGAUUUUCAAAGUCCAAGUCCUUUGUCCCAGCUUGCAUCGUAGCCUUACGCUCGUUCUUUUGUCCUUUCAGGUUUAAUUGUCGCUUACAUACACAAAUAAAUAUUCAAAAUGGUUGCCGUAUCGGAUCAAUUGGUUUGGGAAGUUAUCAAGAGCAAUAACAGCUUCUUGAAGAAGAGAAAUGGAAAGACUUCUCGAUCGGGAAAGAUUGAAUUCAGUUCCGAAAAGGGAAAUGUCAAAUCCUUGAACCGAUUCAAGUACUCCGGACUUGCCAACACUAAGGUCUGCGACGUUGUGUGCACGGACGACAACAAGGCCGAACUUAUUGUCAAGACCGCCAGCAAGUGCGCCACACAGCCCGCCAAGGGCAAGGCCUCCAUCGCACUCAACAAGUCCGACUUCCGAAAAGUUGAAUCCACAAUCAAGAAGUCCACAAGCGAUGUUUUCUACCGCCGGGAUUUGGAAGCCGCCAUGCUCGGAAAGUGGACAAAGGUAUACCAAGCAAACAAGCGCGCCAACGGAGUUAAGAAGGGAGUCCCACCCAAGAUGGGACGAGGAACUCUUUAAGUUUGUGCUAGUACAGAGUCCUAAACAACAACAAUAACCUCAUACAAAAAUUGUAGUCCAUUUAUUUGACAACCCCCAAACGAAGACAUGAAAACUUGAA